AUGAAGGCCGAAGUAAGUAUCCUUCUUUCCUUCUCUGCCGGCGGAGACUCUUCUUUCAUCACAAUGAAGCCAGGCCUUCAAAUGCCUGCGCCGGAUGCGGUGCUCGUCAGCAUUCUACGGAAGCAGAGAUCGCCAGCAUACUGUACACACCUCCUCCAGGAUGGCGGCAGACGGCACUCGAGCCGGCGUAGCAUCCAGACGUCAGCGCCGAAGGCACGGGCUGUAGUGCUGUCCACGGCGUCGAUAUCGAGCAGCACACAAGCGAGCGCUGCUCCCCCGCCCGGGGGAUAUACUGAGCCCGGCAUGCUCGCCCUGGCGACGUUACCGCUCUCACAAGUCCUCCGAACCUACUGCAUUACCAGCGUCUCCAGCUCGCCCACGCUGCUUGCAGCCUCGACCAGCAUUCUCCGAGGAAUGCUUAACAGCCGCAACCCUCUGUUCCGCAUCGAUACGAACCCGCUUAUGCGGUCAUUGUUGUGGCAUACAUUCUACAAGCAGUUUUGUUCAGGGGAGACAGAGGCUCAAGUGGGAAAGAGUUGUCAAGACCUACGAAAGCAGGGCUACGCCGGUGUGAUCCUCGAGUAUGCACUAGAAGUACUGGCGGACUCAGAAGGCAGUGAGGAGCAGGAUGUGGCAGUCUGGCGAAAGGGAAUGCUUGACAGCGUCCACAUGGCCGAGCCCGGAGACUUCAUCGGUCUCAAGUGGUCAGGUAUGGGUCCGGAGGCCAUGCGGCGGAUGAAGCGGGAGCAAGAGCCGACUGAGAGAAUGAGCGAAGCUAUGCAUGCUCUGUGCAAGGCUGCGGCAGAGAAGAAUAUUGCUCUGCUUCCAGCUGCUGAGGAGACCUGGAGCUUGACUGGCUUCCAUGACUGGUGUCUUCGGAUGCAGAGAGUCUACAACAUCGGCGGUAAGAGCGUGGUGUACAGCACCUACCAGGUGUACUUGAAGCAGACCCCGGACAUCAUUGCGAAGCAUUUGGAGAAUGCUCGCAAGGAGGGCUACACACUGGGAGUCAAGCUGGUGCGGGGAGCGUAUCUUGGUACAGACGAUCGGAAGCUCAUGCAUUCCACCAUCGAAGGAACGCACAACGCAUACGACCAAGUCGCAUCGGCCCUGAUCCACCGAAAGUACAACGAUGUCCUCCGCCCCGCCGAAGGAGCCCCAGACCAGGCUCUACCGCACGUCAACGUCGUCCUCGCCACUCAUAACCACGAAUCCGUUCAAAAGGCACAGUCCCUCCGGCGAGACCAAGCAGCUCGCGGAGAGCUUCUCACCCCUCUCACCUUCGCCCAGUUGCAAGGCAUGGCGGACGAAGUCUCCUGUAGCUUGCUAGCCGCAGCGAAAGCCAACGUGGGCAACGACAAGGCGGUCCAGGAGCGAGUGUUCAAGUGCACGACGUGGGGCCCAAUGUUUGACUGUUUGAACUAUUUGCUUCGACGCGCUGCGGAGAACAAGGAUGCUGCGAGCCGGACUCAUGAGACCAGGACUGCCAUGAAGGCUGAGCUCUGGCGGAGGUUGAAGGGGACGUUUUAUAUGGCAUGA